UUUAUUUUCGUGGUGUAUUGAAAGGAGUUGAUAACUUUAAGAAUGAAUAUGAUCAACGCUUCCAAUCAAACCGAUUGUAAUAAAGCUGAUAACGUAGAUUCUGGAAAACCGUCAGCUCAUAUUGGACGAUAUUUUAGUAAUACUGGUCACACAAUUUUCGACGAAAUUGCACCUUCAGUAAAAACAGAUGCAUCUAAUUAUGACAUACAUAAGGAUGCAUGGAUUCCACCAGAUCAUUCGAGAAAAGUUCUUAGUUCUAUAGCCACAUCGAUGCCUGGCAAUAAUUACCUCGUUAGAGAUAAUCUGACAAUGCCUGGCGUAUUAAUACAAGAAGAUAUGCCAGAUAUCAUUAAAGAAACAGCGAAUAAAGUCUUAGGAGAAGCGGAAGCUCGUCAUAGGAAUGUGUUAAGUGCAGCCGAUGUUACACAAGAUGAACGUGGUUUAAGACAUUUAAUUCAAGUGGGUUGUUAUCGAGCUGCAAUAAACCUAAGUGGAAAAUUGCUAGCUGUAUAUGGUCAAGGGUUUGGCAAAAUAGAUAAUCCGAGUAAACAUACUCCACACUCGUUGCAAUUGUGGUAUACACGAUUAGCAUUGUUGGCAAAAAUAAAGAACAUAGAAAUCCUAAAGCAGGAGGCUGAACCAUUCGGGAGCCUUAAUAAACCUGAUAUGUUCUUUAGAUUUUAUCCUGAAUUAUAUGGAACAAGGUCAGGGUCGAUGGCAUCAUUUGCUUUUCGUUUACUAUUAGCUGAAAUCCCAGCAAUAUGUGGUAAACCAAAACUUGCAAUAGAUAAUUUAUACAGUAUUCUGGCCGUCAUAAAUGAGAUCAUCGAAAAUUUAAAGGCUGGUCUUACAGAAGAUGGCACACAUAUUAAAUAUUCUUCGCAAGAACGUGACGGUGCAAUUACUUUGUGGCUUGGUCGGAAAUCAAGGACUUUGAUUUCUAUUGUCAAUUGCGCUGUAAAUGUGAAGAAUUACACCUUAGCUGUUAGUAUAAUGCAUUAUAUAUUGAAGACGGUAGAAUGGAGCACGGCGCAAAGAGACAUUUUAGAAUCGGCUCUUAGUAGGAUCUAUCUAUUGUCUGGCGAUAUAUCUGCUGCUGAAAGAAUAUUAGAUAAUAAAUCAGAUGCACAAAAUGCAGAUUUUAAACACCUCAUUGACAGAGGGUUAGUUGCAAUAUCUCAAGGCGCAUUUCAAAAGAGUAUCGAAUAUAUGCAAUUAAUACCUGAUUUGGAUACUAGUAUUACCGCAGCUAAUAAUAUGGCUGUAUGCAUGUUGUACAAAGGACAACUUAGAGAAGCAGUGCAGUUUCUUGAAAAUGCUAUUGCAAGAAAUCCGGCGAAAAAUUUACAAGAGCCUGUGAUUCUUAAUAUUUGUACUUUGUACGAGUUGCACACCACGUACAGUAAACAACCUAAGCAAUUAGUAUUAAGACAAUUAAACAGAUGUAAAGGAGAUAUUAGUGAUAUACAGUGUUUGAAACUUUUAUAAAUGAUAAUUAAGAACUAUUUAAUUAUAAUUAAGGGUACGUUCUCAUGUAAAAUAAAAAAUUAUGUCAUUUUUCUUUUGCGUAUUUCAGUAGUAUUGCAUUUCAGGAAUGCAGGAUGAAUUUUGUCUGUCGGUUAAGGUGAAGUGAAACCCCCUUCAAAUCAGUCGAUUCGAAUACAACACUU